GAAAAAUGAUUGAUUAGUUGUCCAAUGAAAAUUCGAUGAAGUCGGAUUAUUCUCAAACUGUCAGCCAAAUAUCUGUUACAAGUGUUGAAAUCUACAUUCUUCAAUCAGACUCCGCCUAUUUUAUUAUCAGAGAAAUUUCGCUUGAGGCGUAAUAGUGCUACAAUCUGAGAAUAAACAGAACGUUAGACUAUCGCAUUAGGACAGUUUUACUUUGCAGAUUUAAAUUUUUUGUCAUAACAAAAACUUAAGUAAAUAUUAAUAUUUAAAGGUGUUUGGAAAUAUCUUUUACAAAACAAAAAUCUUUUAAGAAGCGAAAAGUAUUUUUUUAAAGACGACAUUUAUGUUAUUUUCACGCGUGGACAUGCACUAGGACACUAAGGUUAAAUUCAAUCAGUGAAAAGUGACCGAUUUUAGUGAAUGUAUACAUGAAAGAAGAGGGAAUGGUAGAGAAAUCUAACCUCUCCCUAUCAGAGGGGGGAUUUGAGACCUCUCAUUACUAUGGCACUGAUUCACACUUUGAUCAUCAUGCUGGAAGCAGGACUAUGCCAGUCCUAAAUAAGUUUGAAAGUCAAAGUUUUUGUGCUGGAUGUGGAAUUCGUAUACUAGAUAGGUACUACUUACUAGCUGUAGAUAAACAAUGGCAUGUAUCAUGCUUAAAGUGCUCAGACUGUAAAAUUCAGCUGGAUUCAGAGCUCACCUGCUUUGCAAGAGGAGGGAACAUUUUCUGUAAGGAUGAUUAUUUCAGACGAUUUGGAGUAAAAAGAUGUGCGCGAUGUCAUCAGGGGAUUGCAGCAAACGAACUUGUUAUGAAAGCGCGGGAUUUGGUCUAUCACAUAAACUGUUUCACGUGUUCAUCCUGUCACAAAGCACUUUCAACCGGAGACCAAUUUGGUAUGAAGGAAAAUCUUAUUUACUGUCGAAAUGACUACGAGUUAUUAUUCCAAGGAGAGUAUUUUCAAAGUUUAACAGACGACUUAUCUUGUCAUACAGAUGGACAUUUGCCAUUUUACAAUGGUGUUGGAACUGUGCAAAAAGGACGCCCUAGGAAAAGAAAAAACUUACAAGACAAUGACUUAUGUCCCCCGGGUAUGGGUUUAGUCCCUGGUGAUGGUUCAGAUAGAGGAGGCGACAUGAUGAGACAGGAUGGCUACUGUAGUCAGCAACCUCCUCGACAAAAAAGAGUCCGAACUUCAUUUAAACAUCACCAAUUACGAACAAUGAAAUCCUACUUUAACCUGAACCACAAUCCUGAUGCUAAAGAUUUGAAACAACUUUCACAAAAGACUGGAUUAUCAAAACGUGUACUACAGGUAUGGUUUCAAAAUGCUCGAGCUAAACACCGACGAAAUCAAAUGAAAUCAGAUGGAGAUAAACCAGAAAAGGCCGACGAUCAAUCGGAGUCAGGUACAAUGGAUGACGACAAAAUUAAAGACUCAAUGUCAAUGUCGGAAAUUACUGACAGUCAAUCACCUAUGAUGUCGGAUAUUAGUGAUUCACCGUCUUUGUCGGAAUUACAAAGUGUCCAUGUCGAAUCCGAUCACUCCACAAGUAGUUUAUCAGACUUAUUUACAAAUUCAAUUAACUCAAUCAAUUGAUAUUUGUCAUGACAACAUUUCUGUGAAUUUGUGUUUUUAGUGCUAUUUUUACCUCUGUUUAAACGUUUUAUUUUUAUCUGUUAUGUACUAAUAUGUUUAUACAUAAUAUUGAGAUCCCUUAUUUCAUUUAACCAAAACCAGUAAGUUAGAAAGGUACACUCAUUUUACGUGCAGUAGAUCAGUAUUUUUUGUAAGUGGUUCUUUCUCUUUAUUUUUUUCAUUUUUUUUAUGAAUGUUUUAAACUUUGUUUGAAGUUAAGUGUGAAUGACAUCUUGAUUAAGAAACAAGUAAUAGUAACAUGGUAGGAGAACCAUUGCUUUUUUGCAGCCAAUCUCGUUUGCAUGAUAAGAGGAGGAAAAAGAUUAAGCGCCACAGUUAACUCAUGAAGCGCCAUUUUUGGUCUCUUUUCUUAGUGAAAAGUACAAUUAUCAAUGAAAAUUUUAGCAAUAGAAAUUGAUUCACGUUUUCUUUUUUUACAACUUGAAAAAGAAGAUUUAUAUUUUUUAUUAAUCAUAACAAAAAUGGCUUGUCCAGUAAAAUGCGCUACCUUAUACUUAAAGAAAUACGGGCAACAAUCCUCUCAAAUUUCAGCUAUUUUUGUGAAACUCAAUUAUUAUACAAGGCUAUUUGUUCAAACCUGGAUAAAGACUCGACUGUUCUAACUUCACUCAUUCUAGUCUGGAAUAAAGAUAUGCAUAUGAAACACUUUUGACUACUUAAAAAAUCGAACUAUUUUAUCCAUGAAAAUAUUUCUGUGCAGUUCAUAAUAUUUACCGAGCAUGUCCGUGCUAAUUCCUGACAUUUCCGAUACUUUAUCGACCCCAUAACAGCAUACGUCACAUCAUUCACUUUUCUCUCUUUUGUUUGUUUCUAACAUGUUUCGUUCAUUUUUUAACCAAACUGUAAAUUCAAACAACUUUA